AUAGGCUCCAUGCACAACCACACCCUCCAAAAGGAAGGAUUGGAUUUCUUCCUUCUUAGCUUCCUCUUUUCUCUCUCAUCCCCUUAGCGUGAAGAUAAAUUUAUGGUUAGCCACAAGAAUCUCUCUACGAAGACGCAUUCAUUUAGAGAUGUUUGAAAAUUUCGGUGAAGUUUUUUUUUUCAAAAAAAAAUUAAAAUUACUAGUCCUUAAAAUAAAAUGGAAGUACAGAGAGUUCAAGCUAUCGCCUACGAUUCCUUAUCCUCAGAAACCAUACCACCUGAGUUCAUCAGGCCGGAGAGCGAACAGCCGGGACUCACGACAUACCACGAGCAGAACCUUGAAGUACCGGUCAUCGAUUUUGGAGACCAAGAUGAGGAAAAGCUUGUGCAAUUGAUUGCUGAUGGGAGUUCCGAAUGGGGUUUGUUCCAAAUUGUGAACCAUGACAUACCAAGUGAUGUUAUCAGCAAACUACAAAAAGCUGGGAAGGAGUUUUUUGAGCUACCACAAGAGGAGAAAGAAGUUUAUGCCAAGCCUCCAGGGUCUAAGAGUGUGGAAGGCUAUGGAACAAAGCUACAAAAAGAAGUUGAAGGCAAGAAAGGUUGGGUUGAUCACUUGUUCCAUAAGAUAUGGCCUCCUUCAGCUAUUAACGACCAGUUCUGGCCUAAAAAUCCUCCUUCCUACAGGGAGGUCAACGAGGAGUAUGCAAAGUACCUGCAUAGGGUGGUGGAGAAGCUGCUAAGGAGCCUGUCGUUAGGGUUAGGGCUUGGAGGGCAUGACCUAAAGAAUGCAGUGGGUGGUGAUGAGUUGAUCUACCUUAUGAAGAUAAACUAUUACCCGCCAUGUCCACGGCCUGAUCUGGCCCUUGGGGUGGUGGCCCACACUGACAUGUCAGCAUUCACCAUUCUUGUUCCAAAUGAAGUGCAGGGCCUCCAAGUCUCCAGAGAUGGCAACUGGUUUGAUGUCAAGUACAUCCCUAAUGCCCUAAUCAUCCAUAUUGGUGAUCAGAUUGAGAUUCUGAGUAAUGGAAAGUACAAGGCUGUGCUUCAUAGAUCAACGGUGAACAAAGAGAAGACAAGAAUGUCAUGGCCAGUUUUUUUGGAGCCACCACAAGAGCUCGAUGUAGGGCCACAUCAUAAGCUUGUUAGUGAGAAGAAUCCCCCAAAGUACAAGACCAAAAAGUAUAGUGAUUAUGUUUAUUGCAAGCUAAACAAGAUUCCCCAGUGAGUGCUUGCAUGAAUUGAGAAUCUUGUAGCAAAUGCAGUUGAACGCAGCUGUAAGUUUGUUGCAUGUUUUGACUUGGGCAUUAUGUAAGGUAAAGUCACAUAAAUAAUCUUUUCUUAUACAAGAGUACAAAAGAAAUAAGAUUGCAUAUAUUUAAUCUUUUUUAGUUCU